AGUAGCAGCAGGAGACGCUCACUGCUGUGCUUGUUGUGUUGAGCAGAGGAAGAAGACCGACGGCUCCAGUUAUGAGCUCAGGGAAGAUAGAUCUCCCAUGACUCUCGCUCUCUCUCUCUCUCGUGUAUUGCUUAUUGCAUUCCCGAGAGUUCAUCUUUAUUCCUCUCCUUUGCUGUACGAACGGACUACUUGUUGUGCAUCAUCGUACAAUAACAACAUUGUUUUUCCUGGGACUUUAAAUCAGGCACCAAAAUGACAUGCUCUUUCAGCAUGGACGUGAGGAGAAAGAAGGAGCCUUUGGACGUCCGUGUCAGCCUCUGAAUAUUUGCUGCAGUUGCGAGUGAAGGUACUCGCCAAGAAUCCACUGAUAUGCGGCGACUCUGAGGAAAAAGGGGAGGCAGUGAGUGGAUUUGCUCCCGAUGAUUCUCGUCUCUGUGUUUUCCACACAGGAUGCUCUUCAUGUGCACUGCUUUUUUUCGUUAAGCAGAUUGCUUUUUUUCUUGUGCAGUGGAAUUUUGGAGUGCCAAAGUGGAGGUCAGUGGACAUCCAGCAUGUCAAGUUUUCAUCUUAAUACUAAAAAAUAACGACGGCCUUGAUUUUGUGUGCUUGUUUGUACAUGCGUGCGUGAGAUCUUAUUUUGUGAACCAUUUUGUACGAUGCCAAUUCUCUCCUCCACUUUUUUUGUUCAAACCAAGGCUCACGCUGCAUCGUUAAAUGCCGGAUCCAUAUCUUAACGAUCACUUUGGGCUGUAAAAAUGCUGAGCGGUGUCCUCUUUCUGAGCGUCCUCACGGUCACCAGCCUGUCACCGUACGAGACUGAGAGCCGCAGAACUUCAGCCUUCAAAGAUAUCUGCAAGAUCCGCUGUGCCUGCGAGGAGAGGGAAAAUAUUUUGAACAUUAACUGUGAGAAUAAAGGAUUUACCACUGUUAGCCAGUUCCAGGCACCCCCGAAUAAGAUCUCACAGCUCUUUCUCAACGGGAACUUCCUGUCUCGAAUCAGCGCAAAUGAAUUUGUCAAUUACGGAAAUGUCACCUCUGUACAUCUGGGGAAUAAUGGAUUACAGGAGAUCCAAACUAAUGCUUUUCAGGGGCUGCGCUUCUUGAAGAGGCUGCACUUGAAUAACAACAACCUUGAGGUGAUAAAGGAGGACACAUUUGCAGGACUAGAGAGUAUGGAGUAUUUGCAAGCAGAUUAUAAUUAUAUCAGCACCAUUGAAGCGGGUGCUUUCAGCAAGCUGAACAAGCUUAAAGUGUUGAUCCUCAAUGAUAACCUCCUGUUGUCUUUGCCUCCGAACAUUUUCCGCUUUGUGCUCCUUACCCAUUUGGAUUUACGUGGUAACAGGCUCAAGACUUUGCCCUUUGCAGGGGUACUGGAACACAUCGGCGGGAUCAUGGAGAUCCAGUUGGAAGAAAACCCAUGGAAUUGUACUUGUGAUCUGAUUCCCCUUAAAUCUUGGUUGGAUACUAUUUCGGUCUUUGUGGGGGACAUAGUGUGUGAGACACCAUUCAGGCUGCACGGUAAAGACAUCACUCAGCUCAUAAAGCAGGAUCUGUGUCCACGUAGAAAUGCUGGAGAACGUGCUCACCCUGCCUCUGACUCUCACUUUCAAGGAGCGCUGCCCGCAACCUACCUCCCUGACAUGAUCAUCCCCACACGUGCCCCGAAGGCUUCACGGCCACCCAAAAUGCGAUACAGGCCUACUGCUCGCAUUACAAAGGACAAACACGUCUUUGGGCCCAUUAUGGUUUACCAGACACGUUCUCCUGUGCCUAUUUUGUGUCCAAGUGUGUGUGUGUGCACAUCACAAAACCCCGACAGUGGACUGAACAUCAACUGUCAAGAGCGUAAGUUGCACAACAUCAGUGAUCUCAGCCCCAAGCCCUCCUUCCCCAGGAAACUGCACCUGACCGGUAACUACCUUCAAGUGAUUUACAGAACGGAUCUAACGGAGUACAGUCUACUGGAGCUGCUUCAUUUAGGAAAUAACAGGAUAGCAGUGAUUGAAGAGGGUGCAUUUGAGAACCUCACAAAUCUGAGGAGGCUCUAUCUGAAUGGGAAUUACAUUGAGUCACUUACACAAUCACUUUUUGCUGGCCUUCAGUCUCUCCAGUAUCUUUAUUUGGAAUAUAAUAUCAUAAAAGAGAUCUUACCGCAGACAUUUAACGCUUUGCACAAUUUACAGUUGCUUUUCCUCAACAAUAACCUAUUAAGAGCACUGCCGGACAAUGUUUUUGGGGGCACUAUGCUAACAAGACUCAACUUGCGGAAUAAUCAUUUCUCGUAUCUCCCAGUUAAGGGUGUGCUUGAUCAGUUAUCCGCUUUCAUCCAGAUUGACCUACAGGAGAACCCUUGGGACUGCACCUGUCAUAUUGUGGCACUCAAAAAUUGGAUGGAGCUGUCCAGUACCAGCGUGGUGGUUAAUGAAAUCACAUGUGACUCACCGUCUAAGCAUGCGGGUCACCUGCUGCGUUCACUGCGCAAUGAGGCUAUUUGCCCUGAGCCAAGCGAGGAGCCCCCGCCUCAAUACGCACCCCCUACCAAAGCCCCAACACUAGUAAGCCCCAGCACUGAGUCACCAACGCCCUUUUCCUCUUCUUUUUUUAGCUCAGUCAGCCCGACCGAAUCCCGAAUUGAAAGCCCUGAGUUACAUCCAGAAGUACCGCUUUCAGUUCUAAUUUUGGGGCUUCUUGUAGUUUUCAUUCUCUCUGUCUGUUUUGGUGCAGGACUCUUUGUUUUUGUCUUAAAACGACGAAAAGGAGUGGAACAUGUCCCAACAGGCUCUAACAAUGUAGAUCUUAACUCAUUCCAAGUGCAAUAUGGCUCCUAUAAUCCUGAACCAACCCAAGACAAAACCUCUGAAAGUCACGUAUAUAAUUACAUUCCUCCACCAGUGGGCUUCAUGUGCCAGAACCCCAUUUACAUGCAGAAAGAUGGUGAGCAGGUGGCGUAUUACCGCAACCUGAAAGAGCUUAGCUUUGGUCCACUGAAUGCAAAGAAGGAGGAUAUUCUCACACGCAGCCCAGGAGCAUAUACCAUCAGUGCAGUGGAUUUUAUGGAUAAACCCCCAACAACACGAGGUUUGACCACCCCGGAGCGUCCAGAGAUGUUGUAUCAAAAUGUCGGGGAAAGGCCCAACAAGGCGCUUCCAACAGCUACAGGGACAUCUCCUUUCAGUUAUAAUUUCUGCACUUUACCCAAGAGACCUUGCAUCGUGCCCCCUUACGAGGCUGCCACAGCCCCGAGGCAUGUCUCCAACAAGGACAGGUUGUACGGAACACCCAGGAAAUGCUUUGGGGUUGAGCUCCCAUCCAAAAACAGUGAGCAUCAAUUUCUUCUUCAUGGGAAGCUAAAAACAGAACCGGACUACUUAGAAGUUCUGGAAAAACAGACUGCUAUGAGCCAGCUGUAAGACGGUGAUGUAUUAUCUUCCCAACCUCUACUCCCAGUCUGCCUGCAAGGUGUUUUGCUUCUGUCAUAAUCAUUAUUAAGAGUUAAUCAGUAACUGUUAUCAUAGCCCAAUAUACAGUAUAGCUAUCUUAUCUCUCACAUGAUUGACAGAGAGCAGACCCCCUUUUUAUUACUCCCAUUCCUUCUCUUAUUUUCUUUCCAAUAUGUAUAAAUGGAUUAUAAGAAGUAUAUUAUGAUUAAUUGCUAUAUUUUCUCCUGGGAUGUAUAAAUUAUUCCAUCUGAAGACAUGGAUGAUGGCAAGACUGUGUACAAAUAUGGCCUUGUGCAUUCGUUUUCUAGAACCGAAUUGUAUUUUUUCUCUGAGAUAUAAAAAAUUAUUCAUCGAUUAGUCUUUGUAGAUGGGGAAAAGCUACAGAAUGACAUUCCUGUAUAUACAUCAAUUGCACAUGGUGAGUGUCCCCCCCCUCCGUUUGAAAUGUAAUGAGAAAUCUCUCGCUACAUUUGCUCCAUAAAGUGCCUUUGCACUCAGUUGUUUAGUCAUUGAUGAGAAUUCAAAUGUUCUUUUAUUCGGGUAGUGCUGUAUUUUAAGGAAUUCAAUCUCCAAAAAUAUUUGUCUAUUGAAAAAAAAAAGAAUUUUAAAUGUACUUGAGAGUGGGCACGUCAUUAUCCUUACUUCAGACAGGGACAAACAUGUAUUUUGCUUUCAGUAUUGUCUUUGGCGAUGUACAACUUUAAAAAACAGUGUAUGCUACAAGGGAGCAAUAUACCGUUGUACAGUUGUGCCAUUAAAUUUUCACUGAAGCACUUUGUCAAGAUGCUGAGCUUGAGGUGCAUUUUGUUUAGACUGUGCAUGAUUAUUUUUGGAUUCGGCUGUGGAGUGUGAUAAUCAGUGUGUGUGUGUGUGUGUGUGUGUGUGUGUGCGUGUCUGGUGGGAGGCAGAGAAAUAGAAAAUUGAGCUUGCCUGCAGCUCCGGCUUCUCUGUCUCUCCAGUGGAAUGAAAAUGACACUUUUUCGCUUCUCCUAACUUUAACCCAGAAGAACAUACAGGUGCCACUAACACCAUUUCUGCUUGACUGGAACUCAUUAAAUCCGACGCAUAGGAAACAUUUUGGAGUGGUUGUCAUGCUGCAGUCAUGUGACUACACAGGAUAUGGCUUCUCCAAAAUGACAGUGUUUUGUAUAAACCAGUGCCAAAUCGUGUGUGUGGGGGGGGGGCUCCCUGCAGGGGCGCAGUGAGCUGUCAGGGGAGCAUGAGAAGCAGGGAGGACUUUUAAUAUUAGUGCAGACCUGCCAACAUUUAUGAAUUUGUUGUAUUCAGCAUACAAUUUGACUCUUGAAUAUGCUUGUAUGCUUCGCUGCUCUCCAUUUUGUUGCAUUUCACUGCUUUUAGUUUUGAGUUCAGUCUGUACAGUACAGAUAAAUAAAUAGCUUCUCAUGACAUGGCAUGACAGAAAGUAAUUGAGAACCUUUGGUAUGACGACCAGUCCAGUCUGCCUCUCGCCCGAAGUCAGUUGGGAUAGACUCCAGCAUACCCUGGACCCCAGGGAAGAUAAGCGGCUUAGAUAAUUGAUGGAUGGGAUAAACAUCAGCAAGAGCUAAUAACGUGUGUGAAGGGGCAAGCUCAUAUCCACAAGCAUUUUUUGCUAUGCAAGGCCAUUUAACAUCUGGAAUGCUUUAAUAUGGUGUUAAUAUUACGAUUCAAGUGUUUUACUACAUUUCUUGAAGAAAUUGAUAUAAAACUGCUAUGGCUAAUGUUCAUAAGCUCCUCAGUCCACUAUUGAAAUUGUUUUGAAUUAAUAUAUAUUUUCAAAGUACAUUUGGGGUCCAAAGCACAAAAGCGUCAAUCACUAGAAUCACUAGAAUCACUAGAAUAGUUUAUGGCGGUUAAUUGCUUUGACUUGAUUGUGCUGAUUGAAUUUCAGUAAGAUAAAUAAGUAAGAUUUACCUAUUAUAUUUUUGUAGUUACAGCACAGAAAACAUGUUCACGAGCUUGUAAAUGCAUUUUUAAAACAUCAUUAGAGACCUCUAGACAUGAAAUAACACCCCUAGAGUAACCUUUGCACUCCUUUGCACCCAAUAGAGUAGACAUCCAUCCAUCCAUUUUCUGUACCGUUUAUCCAAAACAUAAAGUAGACUCACAUGUUUACUUUGGGGGAGUCAUAUCAUCAAGUACCUCAUGCGGUGGUUAUUGUUUCAUCAGUAUUACAUUACUGACACCUAGUGAACAGUGUAGAACAUAUCAUAACAUAUCAGAACAUAUCAUAACACCUAAUUCUUAGUUAAUUUAACCAUUUUAUGCUUGAAAAUGCUUCAAUUAAGCCAAACUUUGUUAAUUGUGCUUAAAUAUGCAAUUUUACCAAUAUCUCAUAUUCAUCCAUGAUGAAUUAUAGAAAAUGUUCAUUCCCGAAAAAAAAAUACGAAAUAAAACCGUGUUAAGAGUGAAGCCGUUAAUUUCAAAGCAUGAAUGGACGGUUGUAUUGUGUUUUCGUUCCACAUGGUGGAUGGAAUGCUCCCCAUCAUAUUCUUUUAAGCAGAAAUGGGUCUGGGUUUUUGAUGAAAGAUUCUGUUCUGGGUUUUUGUUUAGUUUUUUUUACUCUAAAAUGUGGGAUGAUGCAGCGUUAUAUUGUAAUAUGUCAUAAUAUAGUUAUAUACUGUCAUUUUAUAUAAAUCACAGUUUGUAGAAGCUUUUUUUUCCAAGUACACCAAGUGGAUGUAAAAAUCCCAGCAGAGAUUUGCACCUUGCGGUUGAGAAGUAAAAGAAGGCUUGAGCUGGAGGUGAGCACUGGAAAACAUCAAAAGAGGUACUGCAGGAAAGUAUCAUUCACGUGAGGUUCUUAGCAUAUUACACGUUUGUGCAGUUGGGAAAACGUUCCUUAUUGAUCGACCGUAAUCCUGUCCUGAAUGUGACAUGGAUCAACUGUGCUUUUGUUUCCUUACUUCAACUCAAGUUGACAUCAGCUGCUUUCAUUCUGUUCGCAGCCUCCCAGCCUUAUCCCACUUCCUGCUCCAUUGUUCAUCCCCACUCAUCCGCCCCAAACCCACGCCUUCUUGUGGGCCUUUUGUCCCCAUGCCUUUGCCCUGCUGGAUCUCUGCUGCCCAUUGUGUAUCUGUCCGCGGUGCUGAAAUGUUGUGCAAGCAGGUUGAAAACAAACCUGACGGCUCCUGUGUAAGGGAAAGGGUUCUUGUCUUCAGGUGCAGAUAGCGUAAAACUCUCAUUCUAUGUGUCUCGGGCCAUGUCCACACAUCUUCAAAAAAUAUAUUAAAAACAUUUUUUUUUAAAUUUACCUUAUAACAAUUGUGUUCAUUAAUACAGUAGAGUUGUGGUUAGUGUGCGCCUUGAUUACCAUCUUUUUUGAUUAACACGAUUAACAGCAAUUCAGUGCAAAAUUUUGCCACGGUUGCCAUUUUCCUCCUUCUCCCUUCUAUGAUGUGGGUUGUUUGCUAACUAAUACAGAUAUGCCACAAAUAUCAACACAAAACACAUUUUCGUAGUUUUACAUUUUUAAACAAUUCUAAAUGCACAAACAUAAUGAACGAAAGGGAUGAAUGAAAAUUUAAGAUUACUGUGUAUCUGUGAUAUCGAGACAAGGACAUAAUGUCUUGGUGAAUGAAUAUGGCAGCAAAAUACCACCUUGGUGUUUUGUUUUGAGUUAUUUCUUUGAGUUAUUUCAAAGAGAAAAGCAGAGACUUGCUGGCACAUUGUGUCCGUGUCGACAGUAACCUUCAAAGAAGGAAGCAACCUUAAAUAAUCACAUAUUCCUUUCAUUCAGCAUUUAUAUUCAUUUUAUAUUGUUUAUGCAUUCAAAACUCUUGGAUGAACUGGAUUUAGAUUUUUUUUUUUGAUGAGCAAAUUAGUUUUGGUUAGAGUACAUUUCAGCUUGAGUGACCUUCUGGAACAGAUGAAUGACGCCAACCAAGGUUCCACUAAAUUAAUUAUAGUUAAUUAUUGUUUUACAGGGCAGCAUGGUGGUCGAGUGGUUAGUGCGCAGACCUCACAGCUUGGAGACCAGGGUGCCAUGCUAGGUUAAUUGGCGACUCCAAAUUGUCCAUAGGUAUGAAUGUGAGUGUGAAUGGUUGUUUGUCUAUAUGUGCCCUGUGAUUGGCUGGCAACCAGUCCAGGGUGUACCCCGUCACAGACAGCUGGGAUAGGCACCCCCCGCGACCCUUGUGAGGAAAAAGCGGUAGAAAAUGAAUGAUUUUUUUUUUUUUUUUUACAAACAACAUGCAUAUUUGCUGUCUGUUAAGUAUACACAUCUACCAUUGUACAAAAUGACAUCAGCUUGGCUUGGGUGUGUCCGUGCAACCUUUGCAAAAAAGUCAAAAUAGAGAAAAAAGUUGUAAUUUAACUAGAAAGAGUUUUUACAUAAGUAAUGUAAUAUGUAUAAGUAGGAAAUAUAUAUAAGUAGGAAACAUAACAUCAGUUUAGUUUAGGGUUUUAUUUCACUUUCUCCAACAGACUUUAAGUAUUAAAAAUGAUCAAGUUAUUUUUGGCACAUUUCGAAGCAAUUGUAGUGAACUUUCCAGGUCACAUUCCUAUUUUUAGAGUUAAGAGGACCAGCUAGAACUUAUCUACGUUUUCUACUUUUGGCCAUUGGAUGAUUUAUGACAACAUUAAAGCUUCACUGCAGAUGCUGUGUUGCCAAUUGAUUUGCACGCAAGCAAUCCAUGAUGGCAAGACUGUACAAAUGCAUCCUUGUGUAUUCUUGUCAUAUAACUGAAUUGAUUUUUGAAGUAUGAACUGGGGGCUGCACGGCGAUUGAGUGGAGCGCGUGCAGGCCUCACAGCUUGAAGAUCCGAUUUCGAUUCCACCCGCAGGCAUCUCUGUGUGGAGUUUGCAUGCGUGGGUUUUCUCCAGGUACUCCGGCUUCCUCCCACAUUCAAAAAACAUGCUAGGUCAGGGGUCGGCAACCUUUAUUAUCAAAAGAGCCAUUUUACCCACACGCUUACUAAAGGAAAACAGAUAGGAGCCGCAAAACAUAAUUUAAAAACAAUAUCUUAUAAACUUUUGAAAGUUUGAAUCAGUUUUAACGCCAAAUUUUUACACCAAAUUGUUGCUUCUCGUCACAUGUGAGCUCUUUGAGCUCAUCCAAUCACGAGUCAGAACUCAUUCACUUCAAUUCAUUCAGGGUCUCACAGAAAGUCAGAUUAAAAAAAAACUCAUAAAAAAAAGCAUAUUUUUUCCCAUUGGGGUAUUUAAAAAAAAUACUUGAGCCUUGUGAAGGGAGCCACAACAAAGUGGCUGAAGAGCCACAUGUGGCUCUGGAGCCAGGGGUUGCUGACCCCUGUGCUAGGUUAAUUGGCGACUCCAAAUUGUCCAUAGGUAUGAAUGUGAGUGUCAAUGGUUGUUUGUCUAUAUGUGCCCUGUGAUUGGCUGGCGACCAGUCCAGGGUGUACCCCUCCUCUCUCUCGAAGAUGGCUGGGAUAGGCUCCAGCACCCCCGCGACCCUCGUGAAGAUAAAUGAAUGAAUGAAAUAUGAACUAUUAGCUUUUGUAGAUUGAAUACAAUUCAUAUAUAUAUAUAUAUAUAUAUAUAUAUAUACAUCAGUUGCACAUGAGCAUCUGUGGGUUGUUUGCAGGGCUAUGGAAGUACGGUAUACACCACUUUUUUGUAUUUUGCUUCCAUCUUUACAUUGAAAUUUUCAGACAGGUACAAAGUACAAGCCUCAAAAAAACCCCCAAAACCAACCACACCAAAUUAUCAUUCAUGUUUCGUAUUCACCUUGGUCACCAGUCAGGGUGAAACCAGUGACUUUUCAACAGUAGUGAAUGAUUUGAUUACAUUGACGAGGAUGUCCAAAGUGCGGCCUUUUGCGGCCUGCAUUACAGCAUUACACAAAAAAUAAAGAAAAACCACAAUGGCAGUCGAAUAGUUCGUAUAAUGUGUAUAUGUAUAUGUAUAGGUAUAUAUAGGUAUAUAGGGGUAUAUAAAGGUACGUAUAUACACACACACACACACACACACCGGUAUAUAAGUUUGGACAGGCAUGACACAGAUAAAGCAGGAAGGUAUCAGUUUACCGCAGUCAGCAGACUUGUGUGCCUUUGUUGUUCUAGAAGAAGCAAGCCGAAAAAGCAAUCUCCUUUAAUGUUACCAUUAAUCUUACUGCUGCAUCUUAUUUUCUCUAAACCCAGACGCUUUCUCUACCUGCACGCUUUUAUUCCUUUGAACCUUUCUACUCUCACUUGUGGCCCCUGAGUGUUUAAAAAAAGAAAUUAAAAAAAAAAAAACAUUAUAUAUAUAUAUAUAUAUGUACAUAUAUAAAUAUAUAUAUAUGAAUAUAAUUGCUUUCAGUUGUGGUUUCUGGUGCAACAUCGCACAGCAAGCAGAGAAGAUGCUGCAGCAGGCAAAGCUGUGAAUGCUGUCAUGUGGGCUUCCUUUUUUUCCUUCUUCUUCUUUUUAACAAGCUUUGCCAUUUCAGCUGCUUAGUGAAUGUAGGGAGAAGAAAGAGAGAGCGGGAGGGCGAAGGAGAGAGGUUAGGGGAAAUGAACGGGACGGGGGAGAGGGAGAGCGUGAGCUGUUCAUUCCUCUCUUUCUCUGAAAAUGGAGUGAUUUUCCUUCCUUGGGCACAAUUGCUCCUCUGUGUCUUUUUAGUGGCAGUGAAGGAAGGAGAGAGAAAGUGCUCUCUUGCUCACACACACAUGAGGGAUAUAAGGGAGGGUUGAACAUGUGCAGCCUUGCACACCAAUGAGGAGGCUUUCUCCACCAGAACACUCUCUCCUCUUAUCUUGACGCCCUGGGAGUUUGGUGCAUGAGUGAAAGCGAAUGAAUGAGUGACUGAAUAGGUGAGGGUGUGUUCCUAUAUUCCAGGGGUGUCCAAACAUCUUCUAGCAAGGGCCACAUAUUAAAAAAUGACAGGCUGCAGAGGCCACUUUGAUAUUUUGUAGAUAUGCAAAGAAGCUGUCAUGUCCAGAUAGGAGAUCGUAUUAUUAAUGUAAAUGGCCAUACAUGCUAAAUAGAUUGGAAGUGCAAUCUACACCUUCCCUGUUUUCAGGAGCAGGAGGGGAUAGAAAAGAAGAA